AUCCGCUCAAGGGCAAAUUCCUCCAUAAUAUACCAAAAAUAAACUAACAUUUAAAUUUUUUAGCAAAUUAUCAAAAGAAUGGCUACUCUUUGUCUGUCUUCAUCUUCUUCAGUUAAACUAAAGGAAAUCUCCACUUUUCAUUCUUUCCCAACAAAUGCAAAUUUCUCAUCAAAAACCUUCUGCAAAAAUUUACCGGUCAAUCAUGCGCCUUAUUGUGAGAGGCGAUUGGAGCAAGUACGGGAAUCUUGGAAGUGGAGGACAAAGGUGUCAUUCUUUCCUUUUUUCUCGACCAAAAGCAAAGACAUUGAGAGCCUUAAGCUUGAGCUUUUCGAAGCCAUAGCCCCUCUUGAUCGUGGUGCCGAGGCUACUACUGAAGACCAAAAGCUUGUUGAUCAGAUUGUAAGUAAACUUGAGGCAGCUAAUAAAGUGAAGGAGCCCCUGAAAUCAGGCUUGUUGAAUGGAAAGUGGGAGCUUUUGUAUACCACAUCUCAAUCAAUUCUCCAAACUAAGAGACUCAAAAUUUUGAGACCGACUGGAAAAAUUUACCAGGCUAUCAAUGCAGAUACACUGAGGGCUCAGAAUAUGGAGACAUGGCCGUUUUUCAAUCAGGCCACUGCCAAUUUAGUUCCUCUCAAUGAACGGAGAGUUGCUGUAAAAUUUGACUCUUUCAAGAUAGCUGGUCUGAUACCCAUAAAAAGCCGUGGAAGUGGUCGUGGUCAACUUGAAAUCACAUACCUGGACGAAGAACUGAGGAUAUCAAGGGGCAACCAAGGAAACCUGUUUAUUCUAAGAAUGGUGGAUCCAUCAUAUAGAGUCCCUCUUUAGGCAUAUUUUCUGUUGAUGGUGAUUGUCUCAAUGUGGUUGCUGUUUGAACCAUUGUAGUAGGAAUUCAGUGUUAAAAGAAGUUCUCUGAAGUAUUUCAGCUCAUUGCUGGAAACAAGAUAUACAUCUGAACCUCAUUGCUGGUAGAGUAUAUUCUAAGACUCCAAGUGAGCCUACUUCAAUUCUUUAUUUAACCAUGAUCGGCCAUCAUAAUAGCAAAUAAGUGUAUUCCAAGACUCCAAGUGAGCCUAAUUUAACUGUGAUCGACCAUUAUAAUAGCAAAUAAAUGUAUUCCUUGUAGUUA